CAGUUUACAGUGUGAUACUAGUAUUUCAAUUUGUUUGACAAUUAGUUUUACCCUAAAGUUAGAUUAACAAAUAACUUAUUGGACUACCCAUUUCUAGCUGAGCGUGGCAUAGACAUGGUGGAAAGGGUCGUCAUUGGAAACAUUCGUCAUUACGCUUUAUCACAGUUUGAACAACGAUAAUUCAUUAACUCUUUGGUGUAAGAUAUAUAUUCACGGAUAUAUUUAUAUACUCUGAGGUUUCAAGUCCAAAAUACGAAAGCCAUGGGGUGUUCCUCUUCAAAAUCUGAAACCACACCAAAACCGAAAAUAGAAGACAGUGGUUCUACUACCAGCAUCAUUAAGAUAUCAAACGACGAAAUGGAGAAAGCCUACACAACUGUUGAGGAUGAUGACGAUGUCAACCCUGGUGAACUGGAAAUAUUUCGGAAGAAAUCUAAACAGUUUUUGAAAGGCUCAGUGGAGAGCAUUGUAAAAAAGGACAUAUUUAUUAUUAAGAAGGAAUCACAGCUCCAAGACAUCGCAAAAAAAUUGAAAAUCGUGGGAAAUCUGUGUGAUGUUCUUGAAAACAAAACAAAACAGAGUCGUAUGGAACAGUAUCAAAUGCAAGUAGUAGAUUGGCUUUGUGAAAUUAAACUGGACGAGCUAUGCUGCCGGACAAUCAGUAACUUUUCGAAAUACAGGGAAAAACAUCCGGAUGUAUUUGAAGAUGGUUCUGUUGUCAUUGAGAUAGUGAAUUCAUGCCUCACUGUUCUUUGGUCCUAUUGUGAGAUAUCACAAACCUUUGCAGUCAAGAUUGCAAGGAAGAAAGAUGUUCUCGAAUUCGUAAAGAAUAUGCUUCAAGAAAAUCACAAAAAUAUGAAUGACAAAAUUGGCACUGAAGAAACCACAAAUGAAGUGAAUGAAAGUACACUGUCCUAUCAAGAUCCAGAUGGUGAUGAAAAUGCAGAGGACGAUGGAGACGAAAGAUCUACAGAUGUUGAGGAAACUGUUGAAUACAAUGAAGAAACAGAUGAUUAUGAAGAUGUUGAAGAUUAUGAGCAAAUUGAAGGCGAUGAAGAUAUUGAAGAAGACGAACAAGUUGAAGACAAUGAAGAUUUUGAAGACGAUGAACAUUCUGAAGGCGAUGAAGAUUUUGAAAACGAUAAACAAGUUGAAGGUAAUGAAGAUUUUGAAGACGAUGGACAGGUUGAAGAGGAUGAAAAUGUUGAAGACGAAGAACAAGUUGAAGGUGAUGAAGAAGUUGAAAGCGAUGAGAAUGACGAUACAGAAGCUUCAUGUUACGACAAAAUGAUUAAAAACUGCCAGCUCUUAUUAUAUCACAUUUCUUUAUAUGAGGAUAACGUUGCUCGACUUCGAAAUCUCAAACUGCUUCCUGUUCUUUCGCCGUACAUGUCAUCCGAGCAAAGCGAUCUAAUAGCACUGGUAACCGUGGCAAACAUAGUCAAUGAAAAGGAAUGCAAGAUUAUUAACAAGGAGUGCGUGAAGUCGUUAUUGCAAAUUCUUGAGAAUUGUUUGAAUAGCAACACUGGAAAAGAAGGCGGAUGGUCGGCGUAUCAGUGCGGUUUAGCAGUUAGACGAUUGGCCAGGAAUGAUCAAAACCAUAAACUGCUGUUAGAAAAUAAUGUUCUGCCAUUGAUUGUUAAACUUGCUUCAGAUGGCAAAUCAGAAGAACAAUUAGAAGGCGCCACAGCUCUGCGGUAUUUGGCAUUUAACAAAAAAGCCAAGAAGAAAAUUGUGAACGAUCAGACACUCGGAGUGGUAGAAACUUUGAAAGAGUUAUGCAAAUUAGAUAACGACAAGAUCAAGGAAGAAAGCUAUGGAGCCUUAUGGACUUUAAGGAGUGAUCUUGAGAAGAGUCCGGUCAAGGAAUAUAGAAAUAUAGCGAAAGAUCUUGAGAAAAGUAAGUCCUGUAAAGCAGCAUCAGAUGGAACUCAUAUCAUGAUUUCCUAUCAGUGGGAUGACCAAGAGCUUGUAAAAGAUGUAAAAAAGAGACUGACUAAGGCGGGCUACAAGGUAUGGCUCGAUAUUGAAGAAAUGAAAGGUUCUACAUUAGACGCUAUGUCAUCAGCUGUAGAAAGGUCAAAGGUUGUCCUAGUAUUCAUGUCCCGAAAAUACAAGGACAGUCGAAAUUGUAGAUCAGAAGCUGAGUACGCGCAUCAAACUGAAAAAAGUAUCCUUUUUGUAAAGACUAAACGGGGAUACAAAGCUGAUGGAUGGCUGGGGAUGCUGCUGGCGACAAAGCUGUACUACGAAUUCAGUGAGAAACACCCAUUUAAAGAAACAAUAAAUAAAUUGUUAGAUGCAAUAAAAACAGAAUACAGCAAGUAAUGUCAUAAUAUUUGGGUACCGUUUUUAAUUAUGUUGGUAAUUUUGCACUAAACCAAAAAACGAUCAAUUUUAAGUUAAGCAGCCGGAAUGUUGGGUUACAGUAAGUAUGAAGAAAUUUAUAGUGAGCUCUUGAAAGUUUGUGAAAAGAUACUGAAUGUAAAUAUGAGAACUUCAAAUGCAGUCGUUUACGGUGAAUUUGCACGUUACCCAUUGUUUAUAACAAGAUAUAUUAGAAAAAUAAAUAUUGGUUGGUAUUUGUUCCAUAAUGAUUGUAUUAAUGGUAAAAUUACUAAGUUAACUAAAGUUAAAAUGUAUAAUGUCCUUAAGGUUUAUAUGAUGUUUGUUAACAAGGAAAGUAACUUUUGUUUUAAGCAGUAAAUACAAAUCUCUCUUUUUCUUAUGAAUCAUAAUCAAAUACAUUACAAAGUAAUUUUUUUCAGUUAAAUGAAAAUGUCGUCUGACAUUUUACAUAUUCAUGAAAUAAUGGACGCUUGGUCUUAAGUUAUAGAAUCGUUUAAUAUCAAAUAUCACCAUUGCAAGGAUAUAUAUUUAUGAAAUGUUAUCUGUCUUCCAGAACAUACGAACAUAUACAAAAACUACAUGUACGUUCUUUUCUAACAGCUAUGUGUAGAUACCGUAUAAACAGAGUUAUAAUAAAUGAACGUUAUUGUAUUUAUUUUAGCAGUAGGGAUAUUAAUGCAGACUUUAGCAGUAUAGAUAUUAAUGUAGAUUAUUUAUGUACAUUUUAGCGGUAGAGAUAUUUAUGUAUUAAUGCAGACUUUAGCAGUAUAGAUAUCAAUGUAGAUUAUUUAUGUACAUUUUAGCGGUAGGGAUAUUUAUGCAGACUUCAGCAGUAUAGAUAUCAAUGUAGAUUAUUUAUGUACAUUUUAACGGUAGGGAUAUUUAUGCAGACUUCAGCAGUAUAGAUAUUAAUGUAGAUUAUUUAUGUACAUUUUAGCAGUAGGGAUAUUUAUGCAGACUUUAGCAGUAUAGAUAUUAAUGUAGAUUAUUUAUGUACAUUUUAGCAGUAGGGAUAUUUAUGCAGACUUUAGCAGUAUAGAUAUUAAUGUAGAUUAUUUAUGUACAUUUUAGCGGUAGGGAUAUUUAUGCAGACUUUAGCAGUAUAGACAUUAAUGUAGGUUAUUUAUGCACAUUUUAGCAGUAGUGAUAUUUAUGUAGAUUUUAGCAUAGAGAUCUUAAUUUGGAUUAGAGCAGUAGAGAUAUUUAUGUAGAUUAAAGAAGUAUGGAUCGUUAUGUAGAUUAUAGCUAGUGACUUAUUAUGGAAGCUUUUCAUAUAGCGUUAUUUAAGAAAUAAUAAUUUCCCAAACGUGGUUUAUCGUAGAAUAACCCGUGGUUUGAUUUCUUAUGCGUAAGAAUAUAUCAUGAAGGCCGUUGGCCUGAGUGAUAUAUUGUUUCGCAUAAGAACGAAAAACUCGGGUUAUUCUACGAUAAAUCACCCUUGGGAACUUAUUAUUUCGAUUCUAACACGACAUACUAGUAUCAACAGUGUUAGAAAAAAUGGUAACUACUUUUUACGACCGUGCUACGCACGUGGAUCGGAUGACGUCAUUGCACGCGAUUUGUUUAUUGUAGAAUAACCCGAGAUAGAUUUUGCUCUACAUGUAUGUAGGUUAUUUGCUGGUCGUGUUAGAAUAACAGAUCUACUUUUCCGCGAUUUUGACAAAAUAUAUAAGAGGUCUUAUUACCGUAUUUCUGUGUAUUUUCCGUAUACUCGUAUAUGUUUAUUUUGCACCAUAUAAAGCUUUCAUAAUUCAGUUUUUUAUAAUGUUUGUUGAAAGGAAAUGACUUUUACUGAAGAUUAUAAACUGCUGUUACAAUAUCUAUGUUAAGUGUCAUUCAUCUAACUAAAUAGAGUUCGGAAGCGACAUGUUGGAUGUUAAUGAAUGAAUGUUUUUGAUCUUUUUCUGAUGAGGAGAAAUGUUGUAUAUUAUUCACCGCCAAAAAUAUUGUAAAGUAGAUAGCCAAAGAUAUUUGAUAUUAUGAAGACAAAGAUACUUUUUAUUUAAUUGUAUAUAUUGUUAACGUGAUUGUAACGUUAUCAGAUGUAUUUUAGAAAAAUAGUAUGAAGAACAACACAUAGCACCUCAUAAUAUGGAAUGUUUAGCCUACACCAUUUCAGACGUUUAUAAAAAAGAUUAGUGCUAUUUGUGGUUUUUUUUUCUCCGCGCCAACAGGUGCGAAAUAUUAAUGACGGCUUUUUAUCAGUGCAGUGUAUGUCGUAAAUGCAUGAUCAGUCCAUAAAGUCACUAAAUACAACAAUAACACUCCUGCUCAUACUACAAAGGCAAUGUUCUUUCUCCAACAUUCAAGAAACCCCAUCAAACUGUCUGUUUUCCUAGGGUCUACAACAAAGACACCAGUAUCGUUGUAUCAUCUCCUUUUCUAUCAGUACUACGUACACUGUAUUGUUUGGCGCGAGUUUCCUUUAGCUGCAUCUUGCAGCAACUUUCGUACUUGUUUGACAUAUACUUUAACAUUUGGUUGAUUUUGUCAAUCUGUAGUUCAUUUAUUUACAUAUAUCGUUAAUUUCUGACAGACAUUUGAUCACCCUACUAUACACUUAUCCUUUUAUUAAAUUUUUAUUUAAUUGUUUUGAAAGCUGCAAGCAUAUUGCUUUGUGCUACACCAAUGUGCGUUGUUGAACAACAAUUCAAGAAUUCGGAAAGGUGAAUAUAUUAAACAUAAUUAUGAAUGAAAAUUUAAAUCUUAUAAUAUAUAAAGGAUUGUUUUUUCACAGCCUGUAAAACAACGAGAAGUGCUAUUUCGAGAGUUAGUUUAAUUCAUAUUCAUGUUUAUUGUGUGCAUUACAUACUGUAUUCUCUGUCUACAUUACCCAGUAUCAUAUAAUGAAAAUCUCACUUCUUCAUGUGGUUAAUGCCUAUGUUUUAUGAAAAGUGUGUUAAACUUGGAAGCUCUGUUUCAAAGCUUCUGUGUUAAAUAGUCUAUGUUUUGAAGGUAAAUACCACAUUUUAUACAAUGAAAUUUAUCAUAUAUUAAUCAUCAAUUCUAUUGCGUUAGCUCAAGAAUUAAUUCCCCUGACAAGAGUUAACUACCCUGGCAAGGUAUUUAGUCCAGUGUCGUAGCUUUAGGUAUUCGUUUGCUAGUUUGUUUUGUUACGUAAAGCAGAUUCAUUUGGAAAAGGUAUAAAGGUAUUCGAAUUCCACUUUUAUAUUACAUCCGCAUCAUAUUUUGUUAUUUCUAUGCCAUUUUGCAACUAAAUGGAUUAAUAGACACCAUUCCAGGAAAUAUCGAACUUUCUAAAUAGUCAUUUUGUUGCCAUCAAACUUUGAAUUGUUAAAACAAGUUAUGUUCAGCUUAAGUCAUGUAAGUUGUGGUCAUACUAUUACCUUUUUUGGUAAGGGGAAGGGGAAAAUGUGUCUUCUAAAAUAUGUUUAAUUCUUUUCUAAUAACAGUACUUGUAGAAUUAUCUAAUGUAACUUAUUUACUAAAACAAACUAAUACAGCAGACACAUUUUUGUUGCAAGGUAAGGUAUGUGCUUUAGGCACAAAUAAACUGUUCAAGUAAUCGAAAUACAUUCAGCAUUCAGAUAAUAUCAAUUAUUAAUUGGUUAAAAAAUAGUUCAAGUUGUUACAUAUACCUCAGUUUUAAAAACAAAAGAAAGAGGAAAGUAGACAAAUGUAUUUACUUUUAAAGUGGUCUAAAGUUAUUUUUCUAGGAAUAUGAUAUCUACUACUAGUACUUCAAUAAUUAAGCCAUGUUUUGUCAAACAGACGAACAAUAAAACUGUGUAUCACAGGUUAUAGUCAUCAAGAAAAUCUGAAGAAAACUUAUGAUAAACUUGGUAUAGUUAUAAAUGGUAGAGAACAAACUGAUAUUAAAUAUUUCGAUGGCUGCACUGUUAUUUGCGAUGUAACCAUGUAACGAGUUUGUGCUGUAUUGCCUUCUCUUCUUUUGACAUUAUUGUAUAAAUGUUU